ACCUGAAGUCAAGUUAACCUUAUAAAAUGUUUCUUCGGUACAAAAAUAAAUAUAAUAAGAUAAAGAAAUAAGCAACCAAACUAAUAAAAUACUCAAAGAAAAUAUAACUUGCAAAAUUUAGUUUAUAAAUGUAAAUCCUUCCAAAGAAAUUAUUUCUGAUAUUUUGUUGAAGUUAAUACAACUAUGUGGACUGUCCAUCCAUCUUUUUCUCUAGUGACCUUAAAACAGCUUAUUUUAUUUAUUAAUUUAACUUGUGUUGUUGGAGGAUAAAACCCCUUGAGAUGAGGCAUCUUGUUAAAAAGACCUUCUUAAAAAAAUAAACACUUAAUUUGCAAACAUGUAGUCCUGACAUAUUUCUACCCUGCAGACUGAUUAGUUAAUUAACAAUGUUUAUUUUCCAUGAGGAAAAACCUUAAAGGCCAUACAUGACAUGUCAGUGUUGUGCAGACCAGUGAUGAUAAAGUCCUCUCGCUGACUGAUAACAUUCACUUUUCUAAGCUACUGCUAGAACACUUGUAGUGAUUUGAAUAUUUGGAAAAAGGUUUCACAAAAGGAGAUCAGUUAGCUCAAAGGACAGGUGAGAAAGGAAGGGAAAUGUUGAGUGUGAUAGAGCCGAGACGGAGGCGGUACCCAUUAGACAGUCGUGGGUUUCCAGGAGCAGGAAGAGAACAGUCCAAAAGACGCUGAAGAAAAAGAAGCAUAAGCGAUGAAACCUACAUCUGCAAACCAAGCAGUUUCCCUGGUAACUGUGCUGACCUGUGUGUUGCUGCAGGUGGUCCAUGCAGGUGUAGUGAGGGACUUUAACCAUGCAGAGCGCUGCAAGGACUCGUUGUUUAUGGGCACUCCACCAAGAGGCUACCUGAGCAGCUCCUACAAGAAGAUCUGCCAAAGGUAUGAGGACAAGCCUCGAUACGCCACACUGUAUGACCACCACUAACACAUCCCUGUCUACUCUGCAUACACGUUCAAAAAGUCAGACGGAGAGAAGAAGGUGGACUUCCCCUGGAUGUUUGAGCCUCAGGUAAGUCUAAGUUGAGUCAUUUUUCAUUCAGGAUUGUUUACUUUCUUGGCUCUGAAGCUAGAUAAUGAAGCAAACAAAUACCAACGACCAUCUAGGUAUCCACACACCUAAUCAUGCUUAGAGAUAAUGACUUCCUUGUCUUGCUAAGGACUUCUUGAGAUAAGCUUUUUGACUGGGAGUGGAUGGUAUAGUGAGAUAAAGUA